AUGCAUUACUCUACCCUCAUCGCUGCUGCUCUGUCAGUCGCCUCUGUCAACGCUGCCCCCAACAACAAGCUUCCCUGCCGAAGCCUGGAUCAGUGCAAUGUUGCCACCAUCACCUCUGGUUCCCAGUGCGGUCUUGUUGGUUACCGCACCAACGCCGACGCCAGGUCCUAUGACAGCAUCCACAAGUUCAAGCUGACCCUCGAUGGCUGCGUCAAGGCCUGUGGCACUACCAAGCCUGACUGCAAAUCCAUUACCUACGACGAGACCAACGGCAUCUGCUACUUCUCCAAGUUCGACAUCAAGACCACCAAGGUCCAGCAACAGGCCACUGGCUACAAGUUCUACGAUGCGGGCUGUGGCUUUGCCAACUCCGCUGGCGGUGCCAUUUGUGGUCGCCAGGGCUGGCGCCAGAACUCGGCUGCUACCAGCUACGACAGUGUCCACAAGGGUGCCCUUGACCGCAAGAACUGUGUCGCCGCUUGUGGUACUACCAAGGCUGAGUGCAAGGCCGUAGCCUAUGACGAGACCAACGGUAUCUGCUACUUCUUCAAGCACACCGCCACCACUAUCAACCCAGCUGAUGCUGGUAAGGGCUUUGCCUGGUACGAUGCUCGUUGCCUUGACUGCCCUGCCACCGCCCAGGCCUCUUAA